AUGGUGAUCAGCGCCGCUUCUGAUGCAGUCAAGUGUAGGAUGUUUCCAGCCACAUUCAAAGGAACGGCAAUGGCAUGGUUCACAACUCUACCACGAGGAUCCAUCACGAACUUUCGUGACUUUUCGUCCAAAUUCCUUGUCCAGUUCUCGGCAAGCAAAACUAAGCAGGUGACGAUUGAAGAUUUGUAUAAUGUGCGUCAAUCCGAGGGCGAGACUUUGAAGCAGUACGUGAAACGGUUCAGCGCUGCGUUAGUAAAGAUAGAGGAAUCUGAGCCAAAUGCCUGCACCCGCGCCUUUAAAAACGGAUUGCAGCCAGGAAAGCUAAAUAGUAAAUUGAGCAGAAAGCCAGCCAAGUCAAUGGCGGAGGUGCGAGCCCGGGCGAACACGUACAUACUCGACGAGGAGGAUGACGCUUUUAAGCGGAGGCGCGCGAAGGUAGAGAAGGAUGGCGAACAGAGGGACAUGUCACCAGAAGACAAGCUAAGCAAGGAGAAAGCAGAGGGAAGCAGAAGACGGGACAGGAAGGUUCGGACUGGGGAAAAGGCACCGAGGGAAUCUUUGUAUCCCAAAAAGGAAAAUUUUGAGUGA